AUGCCUGGCCUCGGCUUUCUCAAGAAGAAGAGGACGAGAGAGGGCACCUCUGAUCCGUCAACAUCAAACCCUACUAGUCCGGUCGCGCCCACAAACUCCAAGCCCUUCGACUCGUCCCGCCAGUCGGUCGGCUCUGCCGCCGCCGUCGCUACCGCCGCUUCCCAGGCAGGUCCGCCCAGCCACGGCGCCGCCCAGUCUCCGAUCCCGAUCCAAGCGACUACCGCGACUUCGCAGCAGCAAGCGCAAGCUGCUAGCGAGCCCUCGGUUACCCAGCAAGAACAGCAGCAGCAGCAGCCGCCUCUGAUGAAUCCCGUGUACGGAGGGGCAGGGACCCUCCAACACCAAAACCUCCCUACCAUCAGCAACCUAAUGAAUACGCAGCAGCCCGACCCUGCCGCUGCCAACAUCAACAACUAUCCCAAUUCCCAUUAUCCCGCCAACCUCGCCCCUCAGAACCUCCAUGCCGCUAGCGAGAGCCCUGGCACUGACCCCGAGCGUCUUGGACAACAACAACAGCAGGCUCAUCCUAUUCCCGGCACCGCCGCCGCCAUGCAGCCCCAGCAGCAUCACCAGGUGCCCCUCUACCAACAGGCCCAGCAGAUGCCACAGCAAAAUCAAGGCCAUCACCAGCACCAAGUCUCCAUAUCGCAACCCCGCACCACAAAGGGCAAAUACUCGUUGACCGACUUCGACAUCCUCAGAACCCUCGGCACAGGUAGUUUCGGCCGAGUUCACCUCGUUCAGUCCAAGCACAACCAGCGUUUCUACGCCAUAAAGGUCUUGAAAAAGGCCCAAGUCGUUAAGAUGAAGCAGGUCGAGCACACCAACGACGAACGCCGCAUGCUCAGCGACGUCAAGCAUCCCUUCCUCAUUACCCUCUGGGGUACUUUCCAGGAUUGGAAGAACCUCUACAUGGUCAUGGACUUUGUCGAAGGUGGCGAGCUCUUUUCCUUAUUGAGAAAAUCCGGGCGAUUCCCCAACCCCGUUGCUAAGUUUUAUGCCGCCGAGGCAACCCUGGCGCUCGAGUAUCUGCACUCGAAAAACAUCAUCUACAGAGACUUGAAGCCGGAAAACUUGCUGCUCGAUCGUCAUGGGCACCUCAAGAUUACUGACUUUGGCUUCGCCAAGCGCGUUCCUGACAAGACAUGGACACUCUGCGGCACUCCAGAUUACCUGGCCCCUGAGGUUGUCUCCAACAAGGGCUACAACAAGUCGGUGGAUUGGUGGUCUCUUGGCAUCCUCAUCUACGAAAUGCUGUGCGGCUAUACGCCGUUCUGGGAUAGCGGUUCACCCAUGAGAAUAUAUGAGAACAUUCUCAAGGGCAAAGUCAAAUAUCCUGCAUACGUUAACGGCGAUGCGCAAAAUCUACUGGAGCGACUGAUUACAGCGGACUUGACAAAGAGACUGGGCAAUCUUUACGGUGGCCCUGCUGACGUGAAGAACCACCCUUGGUUCGCUGAAGUCACCUGGGAUCGAUUGGCUAGAAAGGAUAUCGAUGCACCUUACACACCACCGGUCAAGGCUGGUACGGGUGACGCAAGUCAGUUUGACAGAUAUGCAGAGGAUCCGGAUGGCUACGGCCAUGCUGGCGGACCUGAUGACUACGGCCACCUAUUUACCGAGUUUUAA